AUGGCAACUACAGGCUCCUUGAAUGGUCUGCAGUCUGACAAAUCCGCCAAGCGGCUGAAACAGAUUUCUGCCCUGCGUGGUCUCGGUAUCGACAACAGUAUCGACCUGCCGCAGCUUGUUGUCUGCGGCGAUCAAAGCUCUGGCAAGAGUUCAGUCCUCGAGGGUUUGACAGGCAUACCCUUUCCUCGUGACGACGGUGUCUGCACAAGGUUCCCGACCGAGAUCAUCAUCACUCAUGAUGAAACACGUCCGCAAACAAUCACUGCCAGUAUCAUUCCAUUUUCCAAUACACAUCGCCCCAGCGAGACCUUGAAGAGUUUGAAGGACUUCAAUCGCAGCAUUACAACCUUUGAGCAAUUGCCUAAGACUAUUGCAGAAGCCGGGUCGCUCAUGGGCUUGCGAGGUUAUGGUGAGAAGAAUGAAGAUGGGCCAUCCUUCGGGCGGGAUGUGCUCCAGAUCAAAGUCAGUAAUCAAUCUGGUCAGCACUUGAGUAUUGUGGACCUUCCCGGUCUCAUCUCUGUGGCAAGUGAUGUGCAAACCGAGGCAGACGUGGAAAUCGUGCACCAGACGGUCACUUCCUACAUAGAAAAGCCUCGGACGAUUAUUCUUGCCGUCGUCCAGGCCGGUAACGACAUUGCCAACCAGAGCAUCAUCAAGGAAUCGAAAAGGUUUGAUAAGUCCGGUGAGCGCACAGUCGGCAUAAUUACCAAACCGGACUUGAUCAACCUCGGCACCGAAGCGCGGAUCGCGGCACUCGCCAACAAUAAAGACACAACCAAGCUGCAGCUCGGCUUUUUCAUCGUCAAAAAUCCUUCGCCGUUGGAAAUACAGGCGAAAAUCACGGCGACCGAGCGAGAAGCGAAUGAGCAGAGAUUUUUCCAAUCACCGCCAUGGAAAGGGAGACUUGACUCAGAGAAAGUGGGCAUCAUCAAGUUGAAACAAUACCUGCAAAAACUGCUCGAUAGCCAUAUCGAGAAAGAGCUCCCAAAGGUCCGCCACGACAUGAAGACGAAGAUUAGGACGGCUACCGAUGCCUUGGCCAUGCUCCCUGUAGAUCGACCGACCCCAGCGGACAAACGGAUCUUUUUAUCGGAGCUUGCCGGCAAGUAUCAGAGAUUGCUGAAUGCGGCGCUGAAUGGUGAAUACGGGUCAACGGGAGGAGAUUUCUUUGCGGCCAGUGGCCACGACAUCGGGCCUACAAGACUUCGCGCUUUGGUUCACGACGUCAAUACCGAUUUCGCUGAUUACAUGCGAGAGAAAGGCCCGCGUCCCCGCGUUCCCCGAGAAAGACAAAAGAACUCGCCGAGCCCCGCAACCGACAUUCAUCCAGAAUAUGAUGAUGAUGUCACAUUUCUCACCGAGGAUCAGAUGAAACUCUGGGUCUUGCAGAUGCACCGCCGAUCUAGAGGCAAAGAACUGUCUGGGAACUUCAACGCCGUGCUCCUGGCCGAGCUUUUCCACCACGAAUGCCGCCGAUGGGUCAAGAUCGCCUCGGCCCACAUUGAACAGAUGUACUCUCUCCUUAUCGAAUUUAACCAGAUUCUGCUGGAUCACCUGCGGAUGGAACCUCGUGUGCAGAAUGAAAUACAUGACCGCAUCCAGACAAACCUACAGAGCGCAUUGGACAGUGCUCAUACCGAACUCAAACAAUUGUGGGAGGACGAAUCGCUGCAGCCCAUCACUUACAAUCACUACUACACUGACAAUGUCCAGAAAGCUAACCUGGGCGAGGCCAAGCGGCGAGUGAAAGCCGCAAUGUCUCUCAAUGGCGCAGCCAAGAAUCCUUCGGAAGAUGAGAAUGGCGAAAACCUCAAACCGAUUACAGUCGCAGCUUUGUUCGCGGCCAUGGAGGAGCGCCUAGUGGUCGACAUGGACGAGCAAGCCUGCAAGGAAGCACUCGCUAGCCUCGACGCGUACUACAAGGUGGCGAUGAAGACCUGGGUCGAUAACGUCUGCCGACAAGUCAUCGAGCGACGCCUCCUCCGCAUUCUGCCCAGCAUCUUCUCGCCUCAGCUGGUGGCUGGGUAUUCAGACGAAGAGCUCGAUGCCAUCGCCGGGGAAGGCUUCGACGUCGUGGAAAAGAGGAAACAGCUCAAGCAGGAGCUCCAAGGUCUGCAGGCUGGAAUGGAUAUCCUGAAGAGGUGA